UUGGCCGGGACCGUAAUCGCGUCCCGGCGCGCCACGUGUGCGUAGAAGCGCUCAGGAAGCGCCCUGCUGGAGGCGCGGUAGCGGGGCCGGGUGGCGGCGGCGGCGGCGGCGUCGACGACCGUCAUGGAGCGGGAAGAGGAGCCUCUGUCCGCGCGGCCGGCCCUGGAGACCGAGGGGCUGCGCUUCCUACACGUCACCGUGGGCUCCCUGCUGGCCACCUAUGGCUGGUACAUCGUCUUCAGCUGCCUCCUCCUCUACGUGGUCUUCCAGAAGCUUUCCGCCCGGCUAAGAGCCUUGAGGCAGAGACAGCUGGACAGAGCUGCGGCUGCUGUGGAACCUGAUGUUGUUGUUAAACGACAAGAAGCUUUAGCAGCUGCUCGAUUGAAAAUGCAAGAAGAACUAAAUGCUCAAGUUGAAAAGCAUAAAGAGAAACUAAAACAGCUUGAAGAAGAAAAACGGAGACAGAAGAUUGAAAUGUGGGACAGCAUGCAAGAAGGAAAAAGUUACAAAGGAAAUGCAAAGAAGCCUCAGGGGGAAGACAGUCCUGGGCCUUCCACUUCAUCUGUCAUCCCGAAACGGAAAUCGGACAGAAAGCCUUUGCGGGGAGGUGGUUAUAACCCUUUGUCUGGUGAAGGAGGUGGAACCUGCUCCUGGAGACCUGGACGCAGAGGCCCGUCGUCUGGCGGAUGAGGCUAAGAAUCUUGUAGAAUACUCUGUGAUUGCUUCUUGACAAAGGGAAAUACAGUCUGGAUGUGUGAGACUUAAAAUCUUUCGGGGAGAGCCCCCGAGAGGGUUGAAGGAGAGGAAGCAGGAUCCGUGAGCAGUAUAGUUACAGUAGGUUGGCAUAGUCAAGACUUAGUCUUUGAAUCUAGAGAGAUUUGAGUUACAUUUUGCCUUUGGAGGAAAUUGGGGGUUUCAGGCCAAAGAAAGGGUCAGUGGAAACAAGGGUGGGCCUUGUGAGAUGUGGGGAAGCCCUUGGAUGCUCAUUCCCCUUCAGGUGUGUUAAUGGAUUGGCUCCGCACCAGCACAGAAGAUUUACAAUGUGGGAAAUGGUAUACUUGGAUUACAACGUUUCAUCCAGAUUUGUUUACAUCUAGAGAGAACCCCUUGUAGAAUACAAGGAAACUCCUUAACAUUCUUCCUUGAAUAUGUUUUCUGUAGCUGAAAUGUGUGUGAAGUGGCUGUCAACCACACAUUUCACAAGUAGAGGGACUCUGGCUCGGGGUUUCAUAUGCAGCAGAGCGGCUCCCUUACUGCAGUCGGUCAAGAGCCCUCAACACAAGAGUUUGUUAUAAAUAAGAAAAGUAGAGGGG